UCCGAUGACCACAUAUAACAAAAUGUGUAGCGAAGCCCAGCUGACUGAGUUGAUGCUGGUGCUCACAGGUGGAGGCUCAGAGGAGAAGUUGAAGCUGAACCACAGGAUUAUUUUCCAGCCUGUCGCUGUCCGUCAGCAGCACCUCAGCUGACUGGAUCGGCUUCCACUGACGCGGGAACAGUUCAUUUGUGGGAAUUCAACUCCGCUCGGGAUGACUAAUGACCGAUGAUCAAAAGGACAUCCCCCACUGAUGGCAGUGAUGGAGAACGAGACGUGGCCGCACUCCUCAUAUGUGCCCCAUUAUCUCCUCCGUGGUGAUCCUUUUGCCUCAAGACUCUCCAGAGAGGCAGAUAUUGUUGCAGCUCUUUACAUCUGUGUCAUAGGAAUCAUGUCUGCAACAGGGAAUGGCUACGUCAUUUAUAUGACCAUAAAACGCAAGACCAAGUUGAAGCCUCCUGAGCUCAUGACUGUUAAUCUAGCCAUCUUUGACUUUGGCAUAUCAGUGACAGGAAAGCCCUUUUUCAUUGUAUCUAGUUUGUCCCACCGCUGGUUGUUCGGCUGGGAGGGUUGUCGUUUCUAUGGCUGGGCGGGCUUCUUCUUUGGCUGCGGGAGCCUCAUCACGAUGACCUUGGUCAGCCUGGACCGGUACCUUAAGAUCUGCCAUCUCAGAUAUGGCACAUGGCUAAAACGCCACCAUGCUUUCCUGUGUGUGGCCUUUGUGUGGAUGUAUGCAGCUUUCUGGGCCACCAUGCCCCUGAUUGGCUGGGGAAGCUAUGCCCCAGAGCCCUUUGGGACCUCAUGCACACUGGACUGGUGGCUGGCACAGGCCUCUGUGUCUGGCCAGAGCUUCGUCAUGGCCAUCCUGUUCUUCUGUCUUAUCCUCCCCACUGGCAUCAUUGUCUUCUCCUAUGUCAUGAUCAUCUUCAAGGUGAAAUCCUCCACAAAGGAGAUUUCACACUUUGACGCCCGCAUCAGAAACAGUCACAACCUUGAGAUGAAACUCACAAAGGUGGCAAUGCUGAUCUGUGCAGGCUUCUUGAUAGCCUGGAUCCCUUAUGCAGUGGUGUCAGUGGUGUCAGCGUUUGGUGAGCCGGAUUCUGUGCCCAUCCCUGUGUCUGUCAUUCCCACACUGCUGGCCAAGUCCUCAGCCAUGUACAACCCCAUUAUCUACCAGGUUGUGGACCUGAAAAAUUCCUGUGCGAAAUCCUCCUGCUUUAAGGCUCUGAAGGAACGCAGACAUUUCCGAAAGUCAAGGUUUUACACCAUUUCUGGCUCGUUAAGGGACCCCUCACCAGCCAAGGAAGCUCAUAUUGAGAUGUGAGACAAGACACUUUAGACUGUGUGACACUCUUACCUCUUCUACUUUGGACAGUUUGCCUUGUUCACUGCCCUGUGUGCCCCACACUUUACCUGAUCACGUGCUGCCUGUCACCUGCUAUGACAUCAUAAUCCACUCACCUUUGUCGCUGUUGGUUCUGCAGUCUCGCUGCUAGUGUUUGCACAAACUGGUUUGUUGUGUGCUUCCAGCACCUCCUUUUCUUUUCCUGCGAAAUUUUCCGUGAUCUGUGGAGCUUUGUUGUUUUUGCAGAGGUUAUAAAACACAAUUGACGAGUUGUGUGAGCCUCAUGACUUUGUUUUUCAGUAUUACAGACACAGUUUGUCAAUGCUAUGAAAGACACAACACAUAUAUUUUUAAAUAACUACAGUGUUGAAAACUUGAUGAACUUGAGAAGGUUUCCAACCAAAGUCACUUGACAUCUGCAGCUACAACCUUUUGCAAACCCAAAUCUUAUGAAAGCGUGAAGUUGCUAUAUGAUUUUCAAAUACUGAAUUUAUUUUUGACAGUGUUUCUUAACCUGAACUAACCUGAAGUAAAGUACUUUAGCCAUGUCAAAUCAGGUUUGGGUGUAACCGUUAAGCUCAGUUGUAAGUGUACUGUUACUGUUUGUACAGGUUGUUGUUUUUUGUACUCCUACUAUGGCUACUACAUCUGUGGCUUGUACACAGUAGAUAUAUGUGAGCAGGCACUGAAUCACUUCAGCUUGUGUUCUUAUCAGAUGUUAUACUGCACACAAUGAGACUCUAAUCAGUGAAGCUUAAACAUAGCAUUUACAUUGUACUGUCAGGUCCCAGUACUGAUCAAGAGCUUGUUUGUUCUCUAAAUUAAACAGCUCAAUGUUCAACCAUUCACAAGAAAACACACACACAGAAUGAGUGCACUUUACUUGCUUAACCAUUUGGUAUGCACUGAUAGCAGGUUGGUGUUAGACAAACACAUACAUAUUGUGGAUUGUUGCAAAUAAAGAAAUGGACACAAGAUAUUCAUUUAAAGAAUGAAGUUUAUGUCAUUAUUACAGUAACUACCAAACCUACAAUUAUGGCCAUGGGUACAGGAACAAUUAAGGUUAAUUCAGGGACCAUUGUUUUUUGUUUUUGGUUUGUUGUCUUUUUUUUUCCAUGAUGCAUUAAACAUUUGACAUUUGACAUUUUGGAAGAUGUAGAAUUUGCCUUUUUUGUCAGGAGUUAUAUGAGAAGACUGGUACCAUCCUGUCUCUUGCAUAAUAUAAUGUUAAGCUUGAAGCAGUUACCUUAGCUUAGCCAUUAAAAUGUGGCUAGACAAGGGGAAAUGGAUAACCCAGCCAUUUUAGAAGUAAAGAAUGUCAGUUUUCUCAUAAAAUGAGAAUGAUUUAAUUUAAAUAAAGGAGUUGGUAGGUGAUUGGAUUAAAGGGUCACAUGAUACUUACUUCCUGAGGUCCCAUACGUGUAUCUUUUCUUGACAAUAUAAUAAUGACCAAGAACAUGUGAAAUGGUGGAUCCCA